AUGAUAGUAAGGCUUCGACGCUCGGAUACAGGUGUGGAAGAAUGGGGUUUAAUCGAACUUCAGGGUGAACUUAUUGAUAAGAUUGAUGGUCGUCUCAAUGGCAAAGUUGUCGGUGACUUGCACUUUACACUUCAGAAUAAACCCGUUUUCAUUAUUGGCCACCAUAUCCUUCAUGGAGAAGUUGUCGAGCUUCCUAAACCGUUUGCAGUUUUGCGGCGGGUGCUGGAUGCCAGCGGAGUAGAAAUCGUAGUCACUGCCGUCAUUAGAAAGAAGCUCCUUUUCCGAUCCCGACCCGAGCCUAUUAUUUGGACUCAAAAAUCGUAA